AUGGCAUCGUGGGAGGAUCAAUUGGGUCCAAAUGGUUCUGUUACUACCAAGUUAUCUCAGUUGGAUGUAAAUGCACCAGAGUUUAUACCUGGUCAGCCAUUUUACUACAAACCUACGGAAGUGAUUUCUUGUGAUACGGAAAGUGAACCAUCUACCCAAACCGUAAAAUUCAUUAAUGUGCUUGAUGAAGAAACAGAAGCUGGACCUGAAAAAGAUGAAGACCUCCCCAAAAAUACCAUAGCUAUCGCUCCGGACAAAGACACACUUAAUUUGGUAUUUAUUGGACAUGUCGAUGCUGGAAAAUCAACAAUUGGAGGUCACCUACUGUACCUGACAGAUAUGGUAGACAAAAGAACUCUGGAGAAGUAUGAGCGUGAAGCAAGAGAAAAAAAUCGAGAGAGUUGGUAUUUGUCAUGGGCUCUGGAUACAAACCCUGAGGAACGCGAUAAAGGUAAAACGGUUGAAUGUGGUCGAGCCUACUUCGAAACCUCUAAAAAACGAUUUGUCUUAAUUGAUGCUCCUGGUCACAAAUCCUUCGUACCCAACAUGAUAUCAGGUGCAGCAAUUGCCGAUAUCGCCAUACUUGUGAUAUCGGCUAGGCGUGGUGAAUUCGAAACAGGGUUUGACAAAGGCGGACAAACCAGAGAGCACGCUUUGUUAGUGAGAACUACCGGUGUUAAACACUUAAUUGUGUUAGUCAAUAAAAUGGAUGAUCCAACCGUUUUGUGGGAUGAAACUCGUUACAUGGAAUGCAAGGACAAGAUUUUACCAUAUUUAAAGAAGAUAGGGUUUGACAUAAAGAAUGACGUAUAUUGUAUGCCGUGCUCAGGAUAUAAUGGAGCGUUUCUUCGAGAUAUUCCAGACGAAUCAGUAUGCUCGUGGUAUAGAGGUCCUAGUUUACUGGAGCACCUCGAUAAUCUCCCCAGCUUUCUACGGAAUACGGACGGCCCUUUAAGAUUUACCGUCACCGACAGAUACAAAGAAAUGGGUACAUUUGCCUCUGGAAAAGUUGAAUCUGGAUCAGUAUCGAAAGGCCAAACGAUUGUAUUAUUACCCAAUAAAUUGAACGUGGAAGUUAUGCAGGUGUAUAUCGGAGAUGUGGAAGUCAAUUGUGCUUCUGCUGGAGAACAUUGUAAGUUAAAACUGAGGAAUAUUGACGAGGAAGAUAUCAAUCCUGGUUUUUGUUUUUGUUCCCCGAAUAAUUUCUGCCAGGUUUCAAAUCUAUUUGAUGCACAUCUACUGAUUAUGCAGUAUGACUCUAUCAUUUCUUCAGGGUUUAUGGCUGUGCUUCAUAUUCACACAUGUAUGAAAGAAGUAUCCAUUCGUAAGAUCAUCUGUCUAUUAGACAAAAAGACUAAUGAAAAAACGAAAAUAUAUCCCAGGUUUAUCAAAGCGGGUGAUGCUGCUAUUGUACGAUUUGAGGUUUUAGGUGGACCGAUUUGUCUAGAAACAUUUCAAAACUUUCCACCACUAGGACGUUUCACUUUACGUGAUAAAGGGGAAACAAUUGCCAUUGGGAAAGUUGUUAAAAUUUUAAACCCUUCUGACCAGUGA